CUACUACUUACUACCUUCCCCCCUCCCUCCCGUUCCAGGAACACUCUCGUCUCCCUACCCUCCUUAGAUAUCAUCACUCUCCCCUCCUUUCUCUAUCCUCUUUGGCUUUGAUCUAUGAUAAUUAAACAUAAAACUUUUCCUUCUUGACCUCUGUGGUGCGAAUUAAGCCUUCUCUCCACUCCUCCUAUACUGUCGUUCUCGCAUCGCCUCUCAACUACUACCUCCCGCAUUACUCCUCUUCUCUACCGGCAAGCAAGACUGUACAACCUCGCUGCGGGGGGUCGUUCAACAUACCCUUCACCAUUGGCCCCGUCUCACUCGCAUCUCCACUAGUUCAACCCGUUUCCAUUCAGCCAACGCAUCUAUUGGCGAGCAGUGUCAGGUCGACAGCCAACCUUGCUCAACCCCCUCCCGACUCAAAUCAUGUCACGGUCUCGUCUGCCACCGACACCCGCCAUGUCCGGGGAGCUCACCGUCAAGGAGCAGUCCUCGGUGGAUGCGGCCGACACCUUUGCUCUGCCUCCUGCUGCCAUGAGCCCUGUUCGGAUGGUCGCUGCCAGCCGAAGGUCCUCCAAGUCGGAUCCUGCCCUCUGCUUUCCUGCGUCCCCUGCCUCGCCCAAUACCACCAUGGGCAGCAUGGCCAACUCGCCGCGUCAGACGGGAAUCAAGCGACCCCUGGAAGAAUUUAAUCUGCCACCACCGCCGACCCGCACCCGCAAGAUCAUCCAGAUGAAGCCCAAGACCCAGAACCAGCCCAAACCCGCCGCGCCGCCUAGCAGCAAGGCCUCCACGAAAGACAACGCCAGCAAGGCCUCUGCCAGCAAUGCAGCUCCCUCAAACUCCAAGAAGAAACAGCCCAGCGCCACAAGCGCAGCCGGUCGGAAGAUUGCGCGCAAGACAGCACACAGCUUGAUCGAGCGCCGGCGGAGAUCGAAGAUGAAUGAAGAGUUUGCGACCCUCAAAGACAUGAUCCCCGCCUGUCAGGGACAGGAUAUGCAUAAGCUCGCUAUCUUGCAGGCAAGCAUUGAUUACGUCAACUACCUGGAGCAAUGUAUUUUAGAUCUGAAGACCGCGGGUGGUCCUGCAACGAGAGUCUCUCCAUCCAUGGCGCCGGCCCCACCCUCUCCAGCAUCUCCGGAGGCUCUUGGAGAGGAGUCAGGACUUUCAUCUUCGGCUUCGGUGUCUCCAGAGCUUCUCCCGACUGAUUCCUCGGCCUCUAAUACGACUUCACCGAUAUUUUCUGCACAGAUCCCGACGCCUGCUCCCGGAUCACUUCCUGACCUCCGAUGCUUGUUCGCGACAUUCUCUGCCUCAGAACCAGUCCAGCCCGCCGCCCCAGAGACGUCCCGCUCGGCACGUGGCUCGUGGGCUGCAUCGACCAGUACCUCCCCGGGCCUGCCACCGCAGUACGCCAUGACAUCUCCAGCCGAUGUCGACCAUGAAGCGUCGGCAGCCUUGCUCAUGCUGAACCGUGACUGUCGGGGAUCCGUGGGAUCGGUCCAUGACGCGCAGGCACCUCCUGUCCCGAUCGCGCGGGAAGACCACAGCCAGGGGCAAGAUCCGCAAAAGAAGCUGGGCAUGAGUGUGAAAGAUCUGCUCAUAUCUUAAGUCUGUAUUUCUAGCAUGUUUUUCAUGGCGUAAAAAGUUUAGUACGUGGUUCGGCGUGUGGAUAAGCGUUGUUCAAACAGAAAGAGAGCGGAUCGGCGUUCUUUGGGCAGGAUGAUAUGUCGGAUUUUGUUUGUUCUAUAUAUGCAGGCUGGACCAGUAUAAGUAACGAUGACGUUCUGGAUAAGGUUCAAUAGCGAUGAUCUAGAUACCCAUAAGCUAGUUGCGAA